UGUCAGAAUUGUCAAAUGUAAGAUAAGUAAAUAUUCUGAUGUGGCCAAAAAAAUACUCUAGAAUAAUUCUUUACAAUUAGUUCCUCUAUAAUGUCCUGAUACAAAAUAAUUAUUAGAAUGGCGUACCAAACUUUAAGGAAUGAAUAUAUGAAUAUGCCCCCGGUAACGAGGGCAUAUACAACCGCUUGCGUUAUCACAACUUUAGCUGUGCAACUGGAGCUAGCAUCCCCAUUCCAGUUAUACUUUAAUCCAAUUUUGAUUGUAAAACAGGGUCAAAUAUGGAGACUUGUAACUACAUUUCUUUUCUUUGGCACAUUUGGAUUCAACUUUUUUUUCAACAUGAUUUUUACAUACAGGUAUUGCAGGAUGCUAGAGGAAGGGUCAUUUAGGAACAGGACAGCUGACUUUGUAUUAAUGUUUUUGUUUGGAGCAGUGUGUAUGAUUGGAUUUGCUUUUUUUGUUAAUUUAAUAUUCUUAGGACAAGCAUUUACAAUCAUGUUAGUGUAUGUUUGGUCCAGACGAAACCCCUAUGUAGGAUUGAACUUUUUUGGCCUUUUAAAUUUCCAGGCUCCAUACUUACCCUGGAUCCUUCUAGCAUUUUCUGUACUUUUGGGUAAUGCCGUUUAUGUAGAUUUAAUGGGUAUCGCAGUGGGACACAUUUAUUAUUUCUUAGAAGAUGUUUUUCCACAACAAAGAGGUGGUGUUAAAAUUUUAAAGACACCAAGUUUCAUGAGAACAUUGUUUGAUGCUCUUCCAGAUGAUUCAGAUUACCAAAGAUUGCCAGAAGAAAAUCCAGGUGGUUUUCAAUGGGGAGGGCAGAAUCAAAAUCAAAACCAAGAUAGGGGAGCUGGAGAUAACGAAGAACAGAAUGUUCGAUAAAAAAUGGCCAGUAUGUGGUAACUAGAGACAAUAUCACUGUGUUAAAAUUAACUAUCACUAGUUUUGGUUUAGUUUAUUGUAUAUAAUUUAUAAUUUCAAAAUGUGUUUUUAUAACAAAAAGGCACUUAAAAGAAACAAAUAAAUCUAUCGUUCUGGUAUUAAA